CCAGCUCUAAUAAGAAACCCCAUUUCGAAGCAAAAUGUGGUUGUUUGUGAUAUGCUUGAUAACACUUGUAGGGACAAGUUUUCAUUUCGAAACAAGGGCAUCUAUAAAGGCCAACGUAAUCUUCAAGAUCAUUUGACCGUCGCAAAUGCUGUGAGUCCAUCGUGUGUGAUUGUUCCACCUCAACCACCGGAGAAACGUUCAGAGACCACCGGUGACCACCAACACCAUGUUGCAUGGACUAGUAUCCAUCAAGAGAGAUGGGAAGGAGAACUGCUUGUUCAAGGACAUAUUCCACUCUGGCUGAAAGGAACGUACCUAAGGAAUGGCCCGGGUAUGUGGAACAUAGGUGACUACAACUUCAGGCACCUCUUUGACGGGUACGCCACCUUGGUCGGGCUUCACUUUGAGGACGGGCGGUUAAUAGCCGGCCAUCGGCAAGUUGAAUCUCAAGCUUAUCAAGCAGCAAUGAAAAAUCAGAAGAUAUGUUACCGUGAAUUUUCUGAAGUGCCUAAGGCUGAAAAUUUCUUAGCCUAUGUAGGGGAGCUUGCAAGCCUUUUCUCUGGUUCCUCACUUACCGACAAUGCAAACACAGGCGUGGUGAAGCUCGGCGAUGGGAGGGUGGUUUGUCUGACGGAGACACAAAAAGGGUCGAUAGUGAUAGACCCUGACACAUUGGAGACAAUUGGAAAAUUUGAGUACAGUGAUUCUUUGGGGGGCCUUAUUCACUCUGCACAUCCCAUUGUCACAGAUAAGGAGUUUUUAACGCUAAUCCCUGACCUUAUAAAACCAGGGUACAUGGUGGCGAGGAUGGAACCUGGCUCUAAUGAGAGGAAGGUUAUUGGACGGGUCGAUUGUCGGGCCGGUACGUCACCCGGUUGGGUCCAUUCCUUUCCUGUUACUCAACACUAUGUUAUUGUGCCUGAAAUGCCAUUGAGGUAUUGUGCUCAGAAUUUGCUCAGGGCUGAACCAACUCCAUUGUACAAAUUUCAGUGGCAUCCUGAGUCCAAAGCUUUUAUGCAUGUUAUGUGCAAGACGAGUGGAAAGAUUGUGGCAAGUGUGAACGUGCCUUUGUUCGUUACUUUCCAUUUCAUAAAUGCAUAUGAAGAGGAAGAUGAAGAUGGGAGGGUGACUGCUGUUAUUGCAGACUGCUGUGAGCACAAUUCAAACACUGACAUUCUUGACAAGCUUAAAUUACAAAACCUUCGCUCAUUUAAUGGCAAAGAUGUUCUACCAGAUGCUAGGGUUGGUCGGUUCAGAAUACCACUAGAUGGAAGUCCAUAUGGAACAUUAGAAGCAGAAUUAGACCCAAAUGAACAUGGGAAAGGCAUGGACAUGUGCAGCAUAAACCCUAAUUAUUUAGGGUUGAAGUACAGAUAUGCCUAUGCUUGUGGAGCACAACGCCCUUGUAACUUCCCCAACACCCUCACCAAGGUUACUUUCCUUUAUGUGUCAAUUCUUAUAAUUUCUAUCGAUCUUCAAUCAGAAAGGGCUAAGAACUGGUACGAAGAAGGUGCUGUACCCUCAGAACCAUUCUUUGUGCCUCGACCAGGAGCAACAGAGGAAGAUGAUGGUGUGGUAAUCUCCAUAAUCAGUGAGAAAAAUGGAGAAGGAUAUGCAUUGGUUUUAGAUGGUUCCACUUUUGAAGAGAUCGCUACAGCUAAGUUCCCUUAUGGACUUCCAUAUGGGUUGCAUGGAUGCUGGGUUCCGAAACAGUAAAAGUGUGACUAAAGACUGCCAAUAUCAUAGUAGAAAAUCUGCUCAGAGAAAACAAUGCAACUACUUUUUUAAAGAAGAAAAUGCAACUACUUGCGAGCGUCAUAUUGUACAAUAUAUA